AUGGAUGAAAGCAAUCAAAGCCGCCUCUUUGAAUUCGUCCUCCAGGGCUUCUCGGAGCAAUCCCCCCCUCAGUGGGUCUUGUUUUUGCUCUUCUUCUGGCUGUAUCUGGUGGCUGUGAUCGGGAACUUGCUCAUCUCCACGGCCAUCCUGCUCGACGCCCACCUGCACAAGCCCAUGUAUUUCUUCCUGGCCCAGCUCUCUCUGGCCGACGGCUGCUUCGUCUCCACCACGGUGCCCAAUCUGCUGGUGAGCAUCGGGACUCGCGACAGAAGCAUCUCGUACCCCAGCUGCAUGACCCAGCUCUACUUCUUCCUAACUUUUGGCGACCUAGACAUCUUCCUCCUGGCCGUGAUGGCCUACGAUCGCUACGUGGCCAUCUGCCACCCGCUCCACUACACCACGGUCCUGAGCCCCGCGCGCUGCGCCUCGCUGGUGGGCCUCUGCUGGGUGCUCACCAGCUCGGUGGCCCUCACCCACACUCUGCUCAUGAGCCAGCUCUCUUUCUGUACCCCCAAAACCGUCCCGGGCUUUUUCUGUGACCUGGGCCCUCUGAUGCAGGUGGCCUGCUCCAGCACACAGGCCAACAUGUGGGUGCUGCUCACCCUGGGGGGGGCCGUCAUCCUCCUCCCCUUUACCCUCAUUCUGAUCUCUUACGGCCACAUCGCCAUGGCCAUCUUCAGGACUCCGUCGGCCCAGGGCAGGCGCAAGGCCUUCUCCACCUGCGGCUCUCACCUCACCAUGGUCUUCCUCUUCUUUGGGACAGUGAUCCGGGCGUAUCUAUGCCCCAACAAUCCUGGAUCGGCUGCCCCGGGGGAUACGGCGGCCAUCGUCAUGUACACAGUCAUCACGCCCACGAUGAAUCCCUUCAUCUACAGUCUGAGGAACCGGGACAUGCAAGCAGCCCUGGCCAGGCUUAUCGGAAGGAACAUCCCGAGGAGAACGGCAAAGUAG